AGAAGCCGGGAGGGCGAAGGUUACGGUUACAAACAAAAUGGCUGAAGACAUGCAGAAAAAGGAUAGUUCUGUUGCUGAUUUUUUUUUUGCGCUUUACAGUCAUUUCACAAAUUAAAACGUAACAAGACGGACUACAGCUAUGUUUGAGCAAGAAAUAACUUGUCUUUAGUAUUUCAAACAAGUAGAACUUAAGGAUUUAAUGAAACGGAACCUGUUAAAGAGGGUUUGAGUGAAUAAACUGAAGAGCAGCAUGAACCGCAAGAAAGACAAGGGCUUUGAGAGCCCACGACCAUAUAAACUAACCCAUCAGGUAGUCUGCAUCAACAACAUCAAUUUUCAGAGAAAGUCUGUCAUUGGUUAUGUGGAGCUGACCAUCUUUCCAACAGUGAUGAACCUGAACCGUAUUAAAUUGAAUAGCAAGCAGUGCCGUAUCUACAGGGUGAGAGUGAAUGAUCUUGAGGCUCCAUUCAUUUACAACGACCCUACACUGGAGGUCUGCCAUCAUGAAUCCAAGCAGAGGAACCUGAACUAUUUCUCCAGUGCUUACACAGCAGCUGUUAGUGCUGUAGAUCCAGAUGCUGGAAAUGGGGAACUUUCCAUUAAAGUUCCUUCUGAGCUCUGGAAACAAGGAGAUGAGAUGAAAGUUAUGAAGGUGUACAUUGAAUUUUCAUUGGACCAGCCGAAGGGGGGGUUGCAUUUUGUAGUACCUGAUGUGGAAGGAAGUAUGGCAGAAAGAGCAGCCCAUGUUUUCUCCUUUGGCAACCAGAAUUCCACACGGUUCUGGUUUCCAUGUGUAGACUCAUACUCUGAGCUGUGCACAUGGAAGCUGGAGUUCACAGUGGAUGCCUCCAUGGUGGCAGUGUCCUGUGGGGAUCUAGUGGAAACAGUCUACACCCACGACAUGCGUAAGAAAACCUUUCACUACAUGCUGCCCAUCCCCACUGCGGCCCCUAACAUUUCCCUGGCUGUGGGGCCCUUCGAGAUUCUUGUGGACCCCUACAUGCAUGAGGUGACUCAUUUUUGCCUGCCUCAGCUUCUGCCCCUGUUGAAGCACACGAUGUCCUACCUGCAUGAGAUUUUUGAGUUCUAUGAGGAGAUCCUCACCUGUCGCUACCCUUAUUCUUGCUUCAAGACUGUCUUUGUGGAUGAGGCUUAUGUGCAGGUCUCAUCGUAUGCAUCCAUGAGUAUUUUCAGUACCAACCUCCUGCACAGUGGCAUGAUCAUAGAUCAGACUCCUGUGACCAGGCACUGUCUGGCUCAAGCUCUGGCCCAGCAGUUUUUUGGAUGCUUCAUCUCUAGGAUGUCCUGGUCUGAUGAGUGGGUUUUGAAGGGAAUUUCUGGAUACAUUUAUGGCCUCUACCUGAAGAAAACCUUUGGAGUCAAUGAGUAUCGUCACUGGAUUAAGGAGGAACUGGACAAGAUUGUGGAGUAUGAGCUAAAGAUAGGUGGAGUCCUGCUACAUCCCACCUUCUCUGGAGGGAAAGAAAAAGACAAUCCUACACCCCACCUGCACUUUUCCAUCAGACACCCCCACACAUUGUCCUGGGAAUAUUACAAGAUGUUCCAAUGCAAAGCCCACCUGGUCAUGAGGCUCAUUGAAAACAGAAUUAGCAUGGAGUUCAUGUUGCAGGUGUUUAACAAGCUCUUGAGUCUGGCCAGCACAGCAUCAUCCCAGAAAUAUCAGUCUCACAUGUGGAGCCAGAUGCUGGUGUCCACCUCUGGAUUCCUCAAAUCCAUUUCCAAUGUGUCAGGGAAGGACAUCGGACCCCUCAUCAAGCAAUGGGUAGACCAAAGUGGGGUGGUAAAAUUUUUUGGAAGUUUUGCCUUCAACAGAAAAAGAAAUGUUUUGGAACUCGAGAUCCGUCAGGACUACACAUCAUCUGGCACACAGAAAUAUGUUGGCCCUAUUAAAGUGACAGUGCAGGAACUGGAUGGGUCAUUUAACCACACAUUACAGAUAGAGGAGAACAGUCUCAAACAUGACAUUCCCUGCCACUCCAAAAGCAGAAGGAACAAGAAGAAGAAAAUCCCUCUGAUGAAUGGAGAGGAAGUUGACAUGGACUUGUCAGCCAUGGAUGCUGACUCUCCUCUGCUGUGGAUUCGAAUUGAUCCGGACAUGUCCAUCCUACGGAAGGUGGAGUUUGAACAGGCCGAUUUCAUGUGGCAGUACCAGUUGCGGUUUGAGAGGGAUGUGGUGGCCCAGGAGGAGGCUAUCUCAGCGCUGGAAAUAUUUCCCACACCGGCCUCGCGACUUGCUCUCACUGAUAUUUUAGAACAAGACCAGUGCUUUUAUAAAGUCCGCAUGCAGGCCUGCUUUUGUCUGGCUAAGAUUGCUAAUUCCAUGAUGAGCACCUGGACUGGCCCCCCAGCCAUGAAGUCUCUUUUUACACGCAUGUUCUGCUGCAAAAGCUGCCCGAAUAUUGUCAAGACAAACAACUUCAUCAAUUUUCAGAGCUACUUCCUGCAAAAGACUAUGCCUGUGGCCAUGGCUCUACUCCGAGAUGUUCAGAACCUUUGUCCCAAAGAGGUCCUCAACUUUAUACUGGACCUCAUCAAAUACAAUGACAACCGGAAGAACAAGUUUUCUGAUAAUUACUAUCGUGCUGAGCUGAUUGAUGCCCUGACAAAUUCACUGACUCCUGCCAUCAGCAUUAAUAACGAGGUGCGCACAGUGGACAACUUAAACACAGAUGUUCGCCUGAUCUUGGAGGAAAUCACACGCUUUCUUAACAUGGAAAAACUGCUGCCGAGCUACCGUAACACCAUAACUGUCAGUUGCUUACGGGCCAUCCGCAUGCUACAGAAGAACGGACACAUCCCCAGUGACCCCAGCCUGUUCAAGUCCUACGCUCAGUAUGGUCACUUUGUGGAUGUGAGGAUUGCUGCACUGGAGGCUGUAAUAGACUAUACCAGAGUUGAUAGGAGUUCCAGUGAACUGCAGUGGCUUUUGGAUCUGGUACACAAUGAUCCAGUCCAUUACAUAAGGCAUGAGAUUCUCAGCAUGCUUGCCAAGAAUCCACCUUUCACCAAAGCAGCGGAUUCCUUGUUGUGUAAUGAAGCUUUAGUGGACCAACUAUGGAAGCUGAUGAACUCAGGUACCUGUCAUGACUGGCGUUUGCGAUGCGAUGCAGUGAAUCUGUAUUACACUCUGUUUGGGCUGACCCGACCCUCCUGUCUGCCACUACCCGAGUUGGGUCUUGUGCUUAACCUGAAGGAGAAGAAAGCAGUUCUCAACCCAACCAUCAAAUCUGAGCAGGGCCCUGGAGGCCCAGAGGUGACCACAACCAUGGCCUUUACCAGCACUCUGGAGGAGGAGCAUGCUGUCAUGGAGCCAGCAUUGAUUGGUGUGGCCAUGGCCCCACUGGGUUUAAAGAGGAAGGCAGAGACUCCAUUAAGUUCAUCCCCUGAACCCGGACAAGUUAUGCAAGAGGAGCCCAGUGCUAAAGCAUCUGUUAAAAGCAAAGAGGAGGAAGAUAUUGAUAUGGACACAGUUCAUGACAGCCAGGCGUUCAUCUACCACCAACUGAACAUGUUGGAGAGACCCUCAACUCCAGGUAAAGAACCAUCUUCAGUGGAGCAAGCCAUGUUGUCCAUGCCAGGAACACCCAUGCCCACAUUGAGCAAAGAGAGCACAUCCUCUAAACAUGGAGAUCACCACCACCACCAUCAUCAUCAUGAGCACAAGAAGAAGAAGAAGAAGCACAAACACAAACAUAAACACAAACACAAGCAUGAGAGUAAAGACAAAGAUAAAGACAGAGACUCUCACGCCUUUAGUAACAGCCCUGCCAGUGGCCGCUCCAUUCGUUCUCCAUCUCUGUCUGACUGAUAACGGUGUCAGCCAGCGAAAGUAGUCUGAACUAACAUUAAAAUACACAUUGUUUUAAGCAUUUCUGAUGUUUUUGUUCUGUUUAUUGUUUUACAAAUUAUUGAUUGCUGUAAAGGCAUAGCAAUAGCAUCCAACUUGUAAUAUGUCAGUGUUUAAAUGAAAAGUUCAUUCGAAAAUAAUUUUUACAUUUAAAUAAUUGAUUAAAGAGUUUGUACAGUACACAAGAAGAAAAAGAUUGUUCUGCAGUAUCAUCUGACCACACAUAAAGCUGCUUGGUUUGUGGCCUCUUAACAGCAAACACACAGAUUCACAUACUCUCACCAUCCUGGACCACUGGGGUUGCUUCCUGCCACUGAAUCUCAAGAUAAAUGUAAACGUUCUGUAAUUACUUUAAUGAGGGAACAUUUCACACUGUGGGCUCUAUGGCCAACUUGGCUUGAGAAAUCUUUUAAAUAGGUGCUUCAUUUGCAAAUUUUAAUUGUGAAGGGUCAGUUGAAUAUACUGCAUAGUAUAGUGUCUGGUACUUUUUUUUUUUAAUGGAACAUUACUCUUCCUUUGAAAAUAUACUCAUUUGAGCCAUAAAUCAUUUUUACCUACUUGACCUUUUGCGUUUGUUGUCUCCACUGUAGAGAUUUUACUAGGAAGUUAUUUUUGACUGAUGUUUUGUUUGCAUAAAUUCAUGAAUACAUUUUAA